UGUACAUAUAUAGUGUAUUACCUACUGUUGAAUUCUAUAUAGUGUUUGCGUACUUAACCUCAUCAACAGAACCAUCAGAAAAACGUGUAGUGAUAUAUAUUAAAAAACAAUGGCAACAAUAAUGGAAUUAAUUAAUUUUUAUGACCACAGUUCAAAGGAAUACGAGCAACUGUUACAGGACUUAAUAUGUUCUAAUGGAGAUAUACCAUUUAAUAUAGAAGAAGUUGACGAAGCACAAAGUGUAAUUAUAUCAACUAUUAAUAAUUACUUAAAUCGAGCUCACACAAGAUAUAAUGGUUUAGUAAUUUUAGAUAAGAGUUUGUCACAAUGUUCAAAAGAUAUACUUUUAAAAUAUAGCAUCCUAUGGAUGUCAAAAGCCACACAAGUAUUAGAAAGUAUUCAUAGUGUUCCACAAGAGUUGAAUAUCUCUUGCAAAGUGCUUGGACAAUUAAUUAUACAAACAAAGGAGAUUCCUGAAAUACAGAAACAAGUAUCUAUGCAAAAUGUGAAACAACUUGUAAAUGCUAUUGGGAAUUUAGAUUCAGAAAAACAUUGUGGUUCAGUAUAUUAUUUAAUUGCCGUGUUAUUACAUCAAUAUCCUGAAGUAUGUGAGCGUUUCCAAGUAACUUUGAAAAGUCUAAUACUACCACAAAUUGAUUCCACUCAAGAAAAUGUAGUUAAUUCUAGUGCAAGAUGUUAUGCGCUUUUAGCUAAAGCUACAGAACGUUCAUUUAAACCACCAGUUUCAAAGCCCACUUAUACUGGAUGGUUAUAUCACCAAGCGCUUAUUUGUAAUAAUUUACAUACUAUAAUGGACAUAUUGUUUUCUAAUUUGAUAGAACUACAAAAUGUAAGAAUUUGGGAUAAAUUAGAUUUACCGAAUAUAUCUGAAGAAAAUAUUAUUCAAUUUUACUUCAAACAAAAGCGAAGAUUUUUAAAUCUGUGUUCUUAUUUAUCUUGUAUGUUACGUGGAUUUGAUAAAAAGAAUUCAGUAUUACCCAAUGAGAUUUUGAAAGUUUUAUGUAGAGGAUUAGCAAUACAACCUUCAAAUCUAAAAAAACAAAAUUCUGUUAAAGAACAAAUGUUGUAUCUUAUAUUACCACAGUUGCACAUUGCUUUGUUUAAUGUGUUGGAUGCAUUAAUAAAUGGAUUCAAGGAGCAGUUAAUACCGUUUGGGUCAACAAUAUUACAAUUAUUUCUUCAAUCAUUACAAUGGACUGAAACAGUUUUAAAAGAUAAAAUAACCCUGAGUGGUGAUAAACCAUUCAAAAAUGUACGAAUAUCUGUUUAUAAGUGUCUUACAUCUUGGCUAGUGAAUACUAACUCACUGUCAGGUAUAGAGACAAUUGCUGAUGAAUAUCUUCCUUCUAUGUUAAAAGAUAUUGUACCAGAAAAAGAUUGUGUUUUAUUAACUAUACAAAAAACUCACAAUUUAUCAAAAAGAGCAUUGAAACGUCUUCGAGAUAGUCAAUAUGAGAAAGGUACAUAUUUAGGUAAUGGAUUGACGUCCAGCAAAGAAUAUUAUUUAGACACAGAUAUAUGUAAAGGGUCUCUUACUGUGUUGCAAAAUAUAUUUUUCAAUGGUGGAACUUGUUUGAAGCAAACAUUUUUUAAAACAAUACAAAAUAUGAUAAUACCUCUUUUAUAUGACUGUUACUUGAGUUCUGUAGAGCAGAAAUUUUAUAAAGAAAAUUCUGAUUGCCGUUUGCAAUUACUAAGACUUUUGAGAGCUUUACAAAUUAAUCCGCAUUGUUCAGUGCCUUUGCCUACACAAUAUUCUUUACAAAUAUUUGAAAUGGCUUUACACGACACUAACUUGAACAUUACGCAAGAAGCAAAAAUUGCAUUAGCAGAAUUAGAUAAAAUUGUACAUCCCCAUGCGCCAUCCAUACAAUUAACUCAAGUAGAAAUAAUACAGAAGGAAUUUGUUGCUGAAAAUCGAAGUGCAGAGCAUAGAGAGACAGGAGAUACAUAUUCAGUUGAUACUGAAAAUGUGGUAAUUCAAGAUACAGUUUCAGUCGAUGCUGAAAAUGUGAUAGUUCAAGAUACAGAACUAUCAUCAAAUACAAACAAUGAAGGAAAUUCUCAUCCCGAGGAAAAUAUUUUAGAUGAAGAUAUGAUACCAUCUUCAAAUAAAAGAUUAAAAAUAGUAGAUUUACAUCUAGAUAAAUCAGUUAAAUCUACUCUAAAAACUAGUGAUAUAAAUAUUAAUGAAAAUAUUUCAGAUGACUUACAGCCAGUACAAGAAAAUAGAAUAGAAAAUGAAGAACUCAUGGAAAUUCCAAAUAAAUCAUUAGACGAGGCUGAAAUGGAGCUAAUUUUAAAGGAUACAGCAAAAAGUAUAGAUAGUGAAAUGAAAUCAACAUCACCAAUUCUCAGUAAAGAAACUGAUGAUUCUCAAUUAAAUAAAAUAGAUCCCUCUGGAAAUGAUCACCAAAAUCAACAAAACAAUCUUGAUAUGAAGGAAGUCUCUCAAGAACAUUUAUCGAUAGAGAGUGAAAAGGAAGAAGAAAUUUUACAGUUGUUUCAGGAUGUACCAAAAAAUGAUGUUUGAUUAUAGUGUUUCUAUUUUUUAAAUGCAGAACAAACAUAUUAUUUUAUUGAUCAAAUAAAUCUUGUUU